UUUAACCUUCUCUUUUUCUUCCAUUCUUAGAUCUGUUUUCCCCAUACUACUAUACGUGUAAUUGCGUACGGAAAUGGAAGUUUUACAUGGAUGAAUGAUGAUAUUUUCUAGAUCUGUUGGAGUUUUUUCAGAUGGAGGAUUAGAUUCCAAUUCGAUUUUCGGUUUUUUGGAUUGAAGAGGUGUGUUAGACCGAGUCUAUGCCUUUAAAAUCAGUUCAGAAUUUAGAAUUCGGAGUUUUAGAAGAAUGACUUGGGAAGUUAGUUAUGGAUUGAGCGGACUUUCCUUUAUUGAGUGGUGUCUGUGCAUGGGGGAGGCAGAAGUGAGGGUUAUAGUGCUUUUUGCCACGGAAGUAUGAUGGAAAUCGACCAAUUGAGGAUUGAAUCAAAGCUUGACCAGCAUUGCAUAGGGGCGAAGGGUUCCAAAGCAGAGUCAUGUGAAAAGAAGCCAGCAAAGGAGGCAUGUAAUGAUACUGAAACGAUACCAUGUGCAGCAAUGGAGGCUAUGGACAUGGCAGAUAAUCCUGAGUUGAAAACUUGCACAUCAAUACAGGUGACAAGCAUGGAAUUGGAUAGCAUUGAAUUAAACUGUUCGGCUGAUGCUCAGACAAAAGAAGUCCCAAAUGAAACAGAGCUACAGUCUCCACCGAAAAGCCAUGCAAAGGAUGUUGUAGACGUUACUGAAUCAAAAUCUUGCUCUGAAAUCCAAUUGAAAGAAGUUGCUGAGUCAGUACCCGCCAUGGGAACUUGUGAAAAGGAAAUCUUGAGUAGUGCAGAGUUAGAACCUUUGGCCAAAAACCAUACAAAUGAAGGAUUGGAAGGGCAUUUCACGACAAAUUUGGUGAAGGAAGCACCGGGUGAUGUAAAAGUAGAACUGAAGGAUGUAAUAAAUGAUAAUGAAAUGGAACCCUGCACUGAGAAUCAUGCGGUGGAACUUUUUGCCAAUGGCGCCCUGGAGCUAUAUUCUAGUAUCAAUGACAUGAAAGCAGCCGCCAAUGAUUUUGGUUUGGAGCCUUGUCCUAAAAAUGAAGUGAAAGAGCCCUCCAAUGAUGAUAUACACUCUGAAGUUUCAAAUCCAAACCUGUCCCCGAAGCAUGUGACCUCAAGUUUGACAAUUAGCAGCCAACCGGUUGAUGUGCUUGGCAGUGAUCAUGGUGGUUGUGGAGAGAUUACAUCUGCUUGUUCUCCGAAUGCAUUUGCUGAUGUGAGUUUCUGUGAGGAAGAGCACAGUAAGUGCAAACUGGAAUCAGUUAGCAAGGCUUGUGUGGUGCUUGAGAUUCCAAAGCAUGUUAGGCCCACUGGUAUUAGGAAGAUCACAUUUAAGUUCAGUAAACGGAAGGAGGAUCACAAUGGUGACCCAUCUGUUGCUAUUGAGCCCCUGCCCAACGAAGAAUUUCAUGAGCACUGUUAUGAUAACCAGUUUUCUGUCCCAGCUUCUGAACAUUUAACUAAUGUUGACAUUCAAAGUCAUGACUGGAAUGCUUUGGAGAAUACAGAAAUCAAUUUAAGCAUGGACGGGAGAGAAUUUCAUGACAGACGAAGUCCUUCCUUGUGUGUGCCUAAUAGGGAACUGAAAAUGUCUAAGAAAAUUAUUCCAGAUAAUUAUCCUACAAAUGUUAAAAAGCUUUUGUCGACUGGAAUUUUGGAAGGAGCCAGAGUUAAGUAUAUUUCAAUAUCAGGCGAGAAAGAGAUUCCAGGAAUCAUCAAGGGUUGUGGCUACUUGUGUGGUUGUUGCAUCUGCAACUUCUCUAGAGUGGUUAGUGCGUAUGAGUUUGAACUCCAUGCUGGUACCAAGACCAGGCAUCCAAAUAAUCAUAUAUAUUUGGAGAAUGGGAAGCCAAUUUAUAGCAUAAUCCAAGAACUGAGGAGUGUUCCUCUUAGUUCACUGGAUGGUGUGAUAAGAGCCAUGGCAGGUUCUUCUGUCAAUGAGGAAUACUUCCAAGUCUGGAAAGCAAAACUCCAGCAUGGUGAUGAUGUAGCCCAUUCAGAUAGUGUAUACCAAAGCAAGCAUAUUGGCAUGUAUCACUCCAACAGCUACCCCAGUUAUCGUACUGAAGACAGUCCCUAUCCUUCUUCAUGUCAUUAUGCUCACAUAACUCCGUUCAAUCAACAAAGAUACAUAGAGGCGCCAGCAGAGCGGAAGCGUCUGAUCAAGAAGCCGAGGCAUAAUUCUUCUGGCUCAUUUUGGGAACAUAAGAAAGCAACUGAAGGUGGCAACAAAAAGAGGGACAAUGAUCUGCAUAAAUUACUUUUCAUGCCAAAUGGACUGCCUGAUGGGACCAGUUUGGCUUAUUAUUCCAAAGGAAAGAGGAUUCUUGGGGGUUACAAGCAGGGAAAUGGUAUAGUCUGUAGUUGUUGUAACACGGAGAUUAGUCCUUCCCAGUUUGAAGCUCAUGCCGGAUGGGCAGCAAAACGUCAACCCUAUCGUCAUAUAUAUGCAUCCAGUGGCUUGACACUUCAUGAUAUAGCUUUGAUGUUGGCAAAUGGCCAAAAUCUUGCCUCCAGUGGCAGUGACGAUAUGUGUGCUGUAUGUGGUGAUGGAGGUGAACUGAUUAUAUGCAAUGGAUGCCCUCGAGCUUUUCAUGCAGCUUGUUUAGGUUUACAGUGUCCCCCUGCUGAUGAUUGGCACUGUUCAUACUGCCGAGACAAAUUUGGUCCUGGUAGAAAAAUAUCUGGGGAGUCAAGACCUAUUAUCAUUAGGCUUAAAAGGGUUGUCAAAGCACCAGAAUUCGAGCCUGGUGGUUGUGUUAUCUGCAGGUCACAGGACUUCAGUGCUGCUAAGUUUGAUGACCGGACAGUGAUAAUCUGUGAUCAAUGUGAGAAGGAAUAUCAUGUUGGUUGUCUUCGUGAAUCUGGGUUGUGUGAUCUGAAAGAACUUCCUGAAGAUAAAUGGUUCUGUUGUGAUGAUUGCUAUAAGAUUUUUGAAACGCUUCAGAAUUUGGCUUCUGGUGGACCUGAGAUCAUUCCAGCUUCAGUGUCAGCUACAGUAUAUAAGAAGCACACAAUGAUAGGUUUAAAUAAUGGGUCUCACAAUGAGAUCCAAUGGUGCAUUUUAAGUGGGAAAAGUCGCUUCCCUGACCAUCUGUUGCUACUUUCUCGGGCUGCUGCAAUCUUUCGUGAGUGCUUUGAUCCUAUUGUUGCCAGGUCUGGUCGCGAUCUGAUCCCAGUUAUGGUGUAUGGAAGGAACAUAUCUGGACAAGAAUUUAGUGGAAUGUAUUGUGUGGUCUUAAUUGUAAAGUCUGUUGUUGUAUCAGCUGCUCUUCUCAGAAUAUUUGGACGAGAGGUUGCUGAACUUCCUUUAGUGGCUACUAAUAGAGAAAAUCAAGGAAAAGGUUAUUUUCAAGCACUGUUUUCCUGCAUUCAGAGGCUUCUGUCGUCCAUGAGUGUGAGACAUCUGGUGCUCCCUGCUGCGGAGGAAGCUGAACCUAUGUGGACGAAUAAGCUAGGCUUCAGGAAGACAAGCAAUGAGCAAAUGCUCAAGUACACGAGGGACUAUCAGCUAACAAUUUUUAAGGGGACAUCCUUGUUGGAGAAGGAGGUACAACAGUAGAAGAUUCAUAUGAAAGACUUCAGGCACUGAAAAACCGGCAAAUAGCCUCGACAGUCGGUUUGAUGCCCCCUUGAUUGCACCGGACAGAGUCACUUUCCGCAAGGACAUCCAAUGUUGGAGGUCAUAGGUGGGGCAGGCAGCUGACCAUCUCAUCGUUUGAUCAUUUAAAAGCAUUCAAUGGCCAGUUGGCAUGUCAUGGGAAACCAGGGCCAGUGUGUUGAUUACUAACGGAGGAGCCAGACCGUGGAGGUCAGUUCUGCCAGAGACAUUGUGUGGGCUUCAGAGGAUAGCAUUGUGGUCCAUCUUUUCAAGAAUUUUGUUAGGCAAAGGGCAUAGGCUGGAACGUUUGUUUUCCAUUAUGUUUGUAUAGACACGCUACUACCGUUUGGUCUAUGGCCUUAGCGAUUUGAGUUUUUGCUGAUGUAUAGACUAGUGAAGAUGUCUCGAAAUUCUCCAGGCAUGCUGUGCUUUUAAUUUGCAUGCAUGACGAGCUUUCUCAUCCUGUUUUCACUUUGAUAGGAACUGGAAAAUAUUUUGAUCUUUGUAAUUUGAAAAGUACAUGGCAUUUAUGCCGGACCUAUAUAGUUUCCCUAACGCAGGUUAUAAUGAAACAUGUGCAGUGGUUU